UUCGUGGCGAGCGACGUACAAUAUGGAGUGCGUGAUGCUGAAGGCCUGUCUCUUCUCUCAGCAGGACUCCCUCCUGGUGAAUAAAAUGGCAGAGUGUGGGGCUGAAGGUGAACUACCUCAGAGACGGCUCGGUGUCAAGGAUCAGCAAAAUGGAGAGCUGACAGACUCAGAUUUGUCCGUGGAUGAGAGGAAACAGAGGGACAUUGAUGAGCGUGCAGCUCUGGUGUUAUGGAAGAAGCCUCUGCUGACACUCCACUACUUCACCCUGGAGCUGCUCGUCACCCUUAAAGAGUCGAUAUGCAGGCUCUGGCAGCAAAGACAGACUGUGUUUGGCCUGCUGAUCCUGCUUAUCCUCCUCUCCAUUGCCUAUUGUAUUGAAGGAGCACACCAGAAGUAUGUUCGCUACAUGGAGAAGAAGACACUGUGGUGCGCCUACUGGGUCGGCCUGGGCAUCCUGUCAUCGGUGGGUCUUGGCACCGGCCUGCACACCUUCCUCCUCUACCUGGGACCACACAUAGCAUCAGUGACCUUGGCGGCCUAUGAAUGUGGCUCAGUGGAUUUCCCCGAGCCGCCCUAUCCAGACCAAAUAGUUUGUCCCCACCACGAAGCACCAGCACCUGGAUCUGAUGCUGAGCAGGUGGGCGUGGAGGCCGCGGGGGCGGACGGGUUGGUGGGGUCGGCAGCUGUCCAGGGAAGCAUCACUCUCUGGACGAUUAUCUCCAAAGUCCGCCUGGAAGCUUGUAUGUGGGGUGCAGGUACAGCGAUAGGAGAGCUUCCUCCUUACUUCAUGGCCCGAGCGGCGCGGCUGUCCGGUGCCGACCCCGACGACGAGGACUACCAGAGGUUUGAGGAGAUGCUGGACCAGGCCGAGUCUGCUCAGGACUUUGCCACCCGAGCCAAAGUAGCAGUGCAGAAACUGAUCCACAGGGUUGGAUUCCUGGGGAUUUUAGCCUGUGCCUCUAUUCCAAACCCCUUGUUUGACUUGGCAGGAAUAACUUGUGGACAUUUUUUGGUUCCCUUCUGGACUUUUUUUGGUGCAACACUCAUCGGAAAAGCAGUCAUCAAAAUGCACAUUCAGAAACUGUUUGUGAUCAUCACCUUCAGCAGGCACAUAGUGGAGCAGAUGGUCUCUCUCAUCGGCAGACGGAGGUGAUGAGUCCUUCUGUGUUGAGGAGGACGGGGAGCUGUAGAGGUCACAGAUCACACCACAUGUCAGCGUCUCUAUUUUGAAUUAUUUUGUCUUUGUUACUUUAAAUUAUUUAAAUUUUGUACAAAGAAAUGAAAUAUUUAUACUUCAUACUUCAUUUAUUGUGUGUGUGUAUAUGUGAGGUGUGUGUGUGUGUGUGUGUGUGUGUGUUCUCCUCACAAACACAGAAUAAGCUGGUCAAAAUUGUGCCUCGUUGGUUUGAUGGACUACCCUAAAAUUGACUUUGAUUGUAAAGUCCACCAACAGGCAGCAUUGUUGAAUUUCACUAAACACACGGAUAUAAGUUGUCAAACAGUUUGUGGUUCAUAUGUUUAUGUGGCACAGUCGCACUGUACUGUAUGACCACUCAGAAUAAUUCGGAAAAAUUAGGGGGGAAAAGUGGUGUACGUUUUGGUGGCACUGUGGAACAGUGGCGGUGCUGUGGUUUCUCCUGUGUCUCUGGACGAGAGCUGUUGGUGUCCAGAAAUACUGAUCAAACUGUGUUGAGUCACUUUGAAUUUAGUGUUGAAUGAAGUGGUAAUCCCCCCUCUCAAAACACAGUAAUUUUGCACAUUUGAAUGACACAGACUUGAACAAAAACAGCAUGCGUAGCGGUUAAUGUCACUUUUCUGUCUGUUGGACUUGAACUCAUCACGUAUCCGAACAGUUUUAUACCCGCUUCAACCAAAAAACUUAACUCAGCUGCUGAGCUGCACUUCUUACCUGACACACAGUCAGACGUGUAACACAUUUUUAACAUGUUGAUUUCUUUAAAUAUCUACAGCUUUGCUUUUUAAUUAUAUAAAUAUAUAUAUUGUUCCUUAUAUGUGAUAAAUGUAUAAAUACAUGUGUCCUUGUUGCAGCUAAUAAAUCUUAACAUUUAAUAAUAUUUCAUUAUUUUUUCUUCGUUCUUAAGUUAUUGACUUACUGACUAAAUGAAAAUGACUUGAUGGAGUUACGAUCUUUUGCUCUUUCAUAUCUAUAAACCUACAUGUUACCUAUUUGAUGUUGAUUAAGAAACAAAUUAUCACACACACACUGCACAAUAUUUAACUUUAAUAUGUGCAGGUAUGUAAGAUACACCCAGAGUGUUGAUAAUAAGCCACAUAUAUUUGCUGGGAAUGAUUUUUACAACCCAUGCAAGUGAAGCAUCUUGUGCUUUUUUUUUUUUUUUUUUUUUUUUUGCACAACUUCUGGAAGUAAUUCAAUCAAUUGGAAAACAACAGUUAUAAAGUUUGAUAGGAUCCACACAUGCAGGCUUUUGUGGCUGUAAAACCACCUAGAUUUUAACUUUACUUUCCCUUAUUGAUAUUAUUAUCCUUUUUUUUAACAAUGCCAUAUUCUUUCUCUUUGGAAGAACAAAGUGAGAAGAGUCACAUUUUAUAGAUCUGUUUGGAUUAACUGUCUUUUUAUACUUCACAAUAAAUUUGUUAGACCCGUUUAUAUUUUUGGAUGCUGACCUAUAAAAAGAGUACUCUCGUGUGAAAUGCAUAAGAGAAUUGCUUAUUUGAAAUAAUAUACAGCAUUAAUUUGUGUGUCAGUUUCUGUCCUUUACUAUGACAUUAAAUGACAAAAACUGUUGGAAGACAAAAACUACAAAUUGAAUGUAGUUUUAGGCACAUUUUUGCUUAUGUUUCAGCUCAUUAAAUAACAUUACAGAUGUGGAUCUAUUAGCUUUAUUUUAAUCACGAGUGAAGCAUUGUAUACAUUUAAUAAAUUAAUAGAACCAACAUGCAUGCUCUUCUACAGGGCUUCAUUAGUAUUUUUAAAGCGAAUUAUGCUUGCCAUAAAUUGAGAUAUGAUCCAUUUUUGUCAGAAGCGAGCCUUUAUAGUUAAUACAGAAAUUUGGCAAGAGCUUUCAGAGGGUAAAAAAUCCGAUGUUUUGCUAUUUAAAAAGUGCUGUAAAUAGUUUUGUUCAAACUGAUUUAUUUCCUUGUUUGUCAAGGCCACAGUGUCUCAGAGCCUAACUGAGGAAAAAACAUACAAGUGAGGACUUUUCUGUUACUCUGACUUAAAGCACAGGAUUGUAACAAACCAGUUGUUAAAGUUUGUUCAGUAGCUGCUGUGUAAAUAGUACAGGCUUAAUGUUUGCCAAAUUACAUCUUAUGGCUGUUAUAACUUUCAGCUUCUAGUUUUUUCUCUGCCUCGCCUCGUCUCAAUUUAGAAAAGAACCAUAAAUACCAUUUUAAAUUUCAAAAACUUUUACUGAACAUUAAAAGUCAGCAGCAGCUGUUACAGUACUGUACCACAUGAAACUUUACAUCUAUUUAAUGCAUGCACAGGUUUCACAAAUGUCUCAUUUAAUUCUAGUGAACAGGAAGUUCGUUUUUUUAUCUCUGAUUAAGAGAGAUAAUCUUCUGAACUCCUCUCACAGAAACACACAGAUGUUCAGCACAGGUACUCACGGAUAUAUUAUGAACAAACUUACAGCAGAAAAUCUUAAAUCCAGAAAUCUGACAACCCCCUGCUGCAAAAAGUGAAAAUAUAGUCCCAAGAAGCAUAAAAUCAUCAGAUUUUUUAAUGGAAAGACCAAGAGACAGUCCUGACUGUGAGGCAUUAAAAACGUGUUUUAGACUGCUAGCUUUGAGCCUCUUUGUUGGUGGAUUUGCCCAGGCUCAUGACUCAGUAUUGCUCAUCGUGUAGGAGAUGAUUCGCCCGCCAUUUCUGAAAAACUGUUUCUCUCGCUCUUUGUUCUUGCUUGUUUACCCCUAUCUGCUGAACUCGUGUUUUUUUCCUCCUGUGUUUUCUACUCUUCCCCGUGCAAAGUCAUGUUCAGUUUGUUUUUAAAUCCAGGAUGUAUAUAUUUUAAAAUAAGUUUGUGUAAGUUUCUGUGUGUUAGUAGAUGUCAGGAAUUUGUGAAGUGGGGGGAUGGGAAUAGGAGAGGCUUUGUUUCCCUCCAAAAAAAAUCCUUGCUUGAUUUUUGAUACCGUGUGUCCUAACCAUUUUCUAUUGUGUAAUUUAAAGCGUGAUCCAUCUGUUAGACUUCCUGUCUGCUUUAUGCCCAUUCACAUGUAGGAUAUCCAUUACCUGGUAUAAAGUUAAUCAUUACUAAAA